AUGGCGACUUCGACGGGGUCAACGUCUUCCUGCUCGGUGUUCGACAAGCAGUACUACAUUACCGCAGUCACAAUGAUCCUCCCAACCCUCUUCUCUCCCACUCAGUCGAUGCCGGGCGAAGCACCCGGGGACUUGGCCCCUCUCAUCCACCCGGACGCCAAGUUCUAUGAGUUCCCCCAUAUGCUCACGCCAGAAGGCAGAAAAGACUACCUCACCGCCUAUCGUGCCAGUACCGAGCCCCUCAACGAGUUCUUCAAAGACGCAAAAUAUGAAGUGAUGGGGGAGAUGGUUGUUAUCGUCUCUCCACGACCUCGUCCAACUACGAAUUCCAGCCGAGCAAGUUCACAGAGCUAUGGAGCGAUCGGGAAGACUGUCACGGCGAAUGUUGCAGUGGAACUGAUCUGGACGGCCACUGUGGCAAAGGACUGUGGUGGGCAGUUAAGAGAGGGCGUGCAGAUGACAACCAUGAUCGCUGUAUUUUUCGACUUCCACAAUGGGCAGCUUGUUGAGCAGAGGAACUACAACUGUGUUGUUACUCCUUCUGUGCCACGGGAACCACGAAGACCCGAAGGAGAGAACGAGAAGUCUCAAGAUAAUAGGGUGAAUUGGAUGGCUCGAGAGAUGAAGGAAGGUUUAAUUUCCGUAACAUCCACGCGUCGGUUGGGUCUAUGUCUUUGGUGA